GCGUGCAUUUCUUCUCUCUUUUGCUCCUUUUUUCACCUCUUUCUCUUUCUCUUUUUACUGAUCAGCCACCAUCAACAUCACUUCUUACCUUAACCCUAUACGCACAUUUAUUCAUACAUACAACCAGUUUCACCAUCUGCCCUCCUUUAGUGCAUCAUGCAGGCUAUCAAGUGUGUCGUCGUCGGAGAUGGUGCUGUCGGAAAGACCUGUCUUUUGAUCAGUUACACCACCAAUGCCUUUCCUGGAGAGUAUAUCCCUACGGUGUUUGACAACUAUUCCGCCAACAUCAUGGUGGAUGGAAAGCCCAUUAGUCUUGGUCUCUGGGAUACCGCUGGUCAAGAGGAUUAUGAUCGUCUCCGUCCUCUCUCAUACCCCCAGACAGAUAUCUUUUUGAUCUGCUUCUCUCUCGUCAGCCCUCCUUCGUUCGAGAACGUCAACACAAAGUGGGCUCCUGAGAUCAAACAUCAUGCACCCAAUGUCCCCACUAUCCUCGUCGGUACCAAGUUGGAUUUGCGUGAGGAUAAAGACACACUGGAGAAGCUGAACGAGAAGCGCAUGGUCCCUAUUUCAUACCCUCAAGGACUCCAGAUGGCCAAGGAGAUUGCUGCUGUCCGUUACCUCGAGUGCUCUGCAUUGACCCAGAAGGGUUUGAAGAAUGUCUUUGACGAGGCCAUUCGUGCUGUUCUCUGCCCCGUCCAACCUUCCAAGAGGUCGAAGAAGUGCCUCAUCUUGUAAUCGUACAAAACUACAGUAACCGAAUAAACAACAUAUCAUACAGGCACAUUGGUUAUAUUCCGCUUAUACAUUGUUGAGCCAAAAACAAGGAC